AUGGCCCGAGGGGUAACGAGGCAUCUAAGACUGCUGCCUCGGUUGAAAUGCUUAACGGCCUCGAAAACCUCCACGGUUUUAGAUUACCCAAGAAACUUUGGAAAUGCAGCAAAAGAUGGCUUAAAGAGGACAACCCGUUGGGUGGUGUACUAUUUUACAAAUCCAAAUUCUUUGUAUCCUACACCUGGACGUGCAAUGAUCCUGCCGGCCAUAACAGCAAUUCACCCGUUACCACCUCUACAGGUGACAGUACAGAGCAUACAGAAGAUGAAGGACUGGGUGCAAACAUCAGCGCUCUGUCAAACAGGAAACAACGAUGGCAAUAGCUGAAACUCCCCGUUUGUACCUCUAUCAGAAAAAAAUUUAGCCUUACAUUUUAGCCUGACUUCGAGGAGCAGCAAGAAAACAACGGGAAACAGAAAGAAAAGGAAGAUGGACUAUUAGUGUACGAUUCCCCGUGUGAUGGUGGUGACAACCCAUCUUUGGGACAAGAGACUGAUUUUCACCUGGGAAGGUGA